AGCAUACACAUACACAGAAAAGAUGGCCAAUCCGUUUCUAAUGGACGAUGAUCUGGAUGGCGGCGAUGUGGCCGUCAAUCCCUUCUUAAUUCAAAGCGAACCAGAGGCGGCAGAGUUGGAAAAUCCGUUUGGAGAGUCCACAUCCAAUCCGUUUGCCUUUGGCGGCGAUGAGUUAGAGGCAGAAGCGGCAGAACCCGUUGCUGACAUUGACCCAGCCAUGAGCUUCUUUGGCACGACCAUUGAAGCCGAGGAUGAUGCGCUCAGUCUCAAGUCUGCUGCCGAGGAGGACGAUGAGGGGAAGAAGGCGGUUGCAGCACCGCCGCCACGCCCUCAGCCGCCGCAAAGCACACAGGAGCUAAUCAAUACGGUGUCCAGCCAAUUGGAUGAGACCAGCUCGGAAUUGUUGGGUCGGAUACCCGCCACUCGAUCACCUAGCCCCAUCUCGAUGAGGGAUCUACAUUCGCCUAGUCCCACACCUGAUUCCGGGCUGGCUGAUUUGCUGGAUGUGGAUGUUUCGGACAGUGGCUCAAGUGCCCAUACCCAGGCUAUUGAGACGGAUCUUAUGGGCGGUAGCGUUAUUGCUCCAGCUGCUCCAGCUGCUCCGUCGCCGCUCGACAAUCCCUUUGGCGUGCCAACAGCGGUGCCCAACUUGCAAGGCGCAGCUCCAAUGCCGUCACCUGCCAAGCAGCAGCCACCACGUCCGCCACCGCCGCGUCCAGCGCCCCCAAGGCCAACACCGCCGUCACACAUGAUGCAAGGGCACGGACAACAACAGCCGGCGCCACCACAGCGUCCUCCUCCACCGGCAGCCCAGGUGCCAGCGGUUGCUGCAGAUGCCGACGAUCUGCUGGACAUGUUCGGGAGUAGCAGCAAGCCGGCGAAACCGCCACCGCCCAAGACCAAGGAGGACAUACUCAGUCUGUUCGAGCAGCCAGCGGUGCAACCAGCGGCAGCAGCUAAACCGGAUUUGCUCAACGAUGAUCUGCCAGAAUCAGAUUCACGCGACGAGCCCAUCUUCGCCUCGCUGCUCAUUCGGCCUGAUGAUAGCACACAUGACAUUACCUCACAACCGCAGCCGGCCACUGUGGGGCUUAUUGCAGCACCGCAAGACACGUCGCAGCGACAGCGGGCGCCUACACCGGACAUUGAGAUCACCACGGUCGAGGAUUUGCCACGCUCCGAUGAUGAAGAGGAGCCAGAACCUGCGCCAGUUGUACAACAGCCCGAACCAGAAGCGGAACAAGACUCUGUACCACAGUCAGAGACGAAACAGCAGCCAGAGCUGGAGCCAGAGCCAGAGCCAGAGACGGAGCCGGAGCCAGAGCUGGUUGCAGAGCCUGAACAACCAAUUGCCAUUGAAUCGGAUCAAAGUCCACCCACAGAGUCGGCGGCGACCACACAAGCGGCACACGAGUCAGCGGUUGAGUUGGGUAGCGAUGAACCCGAGCAAAUGGACACAGGGUUGGACUUUCCUGGUCUUGCCAGCGGUCAGCUGUCAGCCAAUCCAUUUGCCAGUCCAGAGGACGAGGACGAGCCGCGUUUUGUCCCUGUCCCCAUUGUCAGCAACAUCUUUGCGGUGGAUGAGACGGAAACGGAGUUGCCACCAGAGGUGCAACCACGUCCGACGCCACCGCCAGUUCCAGCUGCCAGCUAUGUGAGCAAUAUCUUUGCCGCCGAACCGGAUGAAUUCGAUGCAUUCUCCGCUAAAUUUGACUCGGUGAAAAAGGAUAACAUCAGCAUACUUGAUGGAUUUGGAGGUGGAUCGGGAGCUAUUACACCAACAGGAGGAGAUGCUUGGGGUGACAGCGCCUUUGGGUCGGCCACAACCACAGCGAAUGCCUUUGGCGAGGUCAUCUCGGGCGACGAUGGUUUCGGCAAUGAGGACGAUGACUUCUAUGCGAUGCAGGCGCCAGUGCGUGCCGAUUCCGUGGAUUCUGUGGAAAAGGAAUUUAGUGUGGUCAUCAGGCCAAGGGCAGAGGGAUCUGCGGGUGUGGCGCCACAGUUGGCACCUCCACCGCCACCAGCACGCACAGCGGUACAAACGGGCAUAAAUCAGGUGACCACAUCGCCACCAGCUGUUAAUCCCUUUGAGGAUGUCAGCGGCUUUCCGGCACCACCAGCCGCCACAGAGGGCAGCAUAAAGCGCACCGACUCGCAGGAUACGCCGCAGACGCCACUGUUUGAUGAGGAUGUGUCCCAGCCGCUCGAGGAAUUCCCACGGUUGCACUAUGUCGGCCCCGGCUGGGAGAUGCAGUUGCGUCAGCCCAACAAGAAGAAGAUAACCGGUCAGCGGUUUUGGAAAAAGAUCUUCGUGCGCUUAGUGGUGCAGAACGAUGUGCCGGUGGUGCAGCUUCUAAACCAGGCUGGGGAUAAGCAACCCUUCCAGGAGCUACCACUGCAACCCUCCUAUUCCGUGUCCGAAAUCGGAGCACAGCAAUACGAUCAGUUUGGCAAGAUCUUUACCAUGAAGCUGCAGUACAUAUUCUAUAAGGAACGACCCGGUGUCCGACCCGGCCAGGUGACCAAGGCGGAAAGGAUAACCAACAAGCUGACAAAGUUUGCACAAUACGCAAUCGCAGGGGACUACGAGGGUGUCAAGGAAUUCGGCAGUGAUCUGAAGAAGCUUGGUCUGCCUGUGGAGCAUGCACCACAAUCGUCGCAGCUCUUCAAAAUUGGCUCAAUGAACUAUGAGGACAUGAAACAGUUCUCCGUUUGCAUCGAGGAGGCGCUUUUCAAGCUGCCGGCACUUAGAGAGCGUGCGCUGACCUACAAGAUGGAGGAGGUGCAGGUGACGGCCGUCGAUGAGAUAACGGUGGAGCAGGACUACGAGGGUAAGAUCCUUAGGCAGAUUGCCCGCGUAAGGCUCUUCUUUUUGGCCUUCCUCACCGGGAUGCCCACCAUUGAGCUCGGCGUUAAUGACAUGUGGCGUCAAGGCAAGGAGGUGGUCGGUCGGCAUGACAUUAUACCCGUGGCCACCGAGGAAUGGAUCCGACUCGAGGCGGUCGAAUUCCACAGUGUUGUCAAUCAGCAGGAAUACGAACGCACGCGCACCAUCAAGUUCCAACCGCCAGAUGCCAAUUAUAUUGAACUGCUGCGCUUCCGUGUGCGUCCGCCCAAGAAUCGUGAGCUUCCCCUGCAGCUGAAGGCCACCUGGUGCGUCACUGGCAACAAAGUGGAGCUCCGUGCCGACAUCCUUGUGCCGGGCUUCACCUCACGAAAGCUGGGACAGAUCCCGUGCGAGGAUGUUUCCGUGCGUUUCCCCAUACCCGAGUGCUGGAUCUAUCUGUUCCGCGUCGAGAAACAUUUCAGAUAUGGCUCCGUCAAGUCGGCACAUCGACGCACUGGCAAAAUCAAGGGAAUUGAGCGGAUUUUGGGUGCUGUUGACACGCUGCAGGAGUCGCUGAUUGAGGUGACCUCCGGUCAGGCCAAGUACGAGCAUCAUCAUCGCGCCAUAGUCUGGCGCUGUCCUCGACUGCCCAAGGAGGGACAGGGCGCGUAUACAACACAUCAGCUGGUCUGUCGGAUGGCGUUGACAUCGUAUGAUCAAAUUCCCAGCGAACUGGCGCCAUACGCAUUCGUGGAGUUUACCAUGCCCGCCACGCAGGUCUCGCAUACCACCGUGCGCUCCGUGAGUGUGCAGGACUCUGAUGCGGACGAGCCACCUGAGAAGUAUGUCCGGUAUUUGGCACGGCACGAGUACAAGGUUGGCAUCGAGACCACGCACGGCGAGUCCACGAAUGCGUAUUUGGCGGCAACGCGUCCCAUACGCGAGGAGUCGCCCAGUGGCACCGUUGCCAGCAAACCAACUGCCUCACCGGUGCCACCCAGUGACUCAGAUUCGGAUUCCAAUUAAGCACGCCACACUACACCACAACACACACACACACACACACACACUCAAACAUAGCGAUUGCUGAAUGAAAACUAAUAUUCCAGUACUUUAGUUCCCAGCGAGAGAUCCUGCGAAAUAGCCUCAACAAUCUGGCACUUUGAUUGUUCCUUCUGCUUUAGUUCAACGAGUUCUCAUCGUAUUAUUUGUUUUCGAAUACUCAUCGGUCGCUCAAUCUUCAUUUGAGUGCUGGUGUGUCUAUCUCGAAGAUUUGAUAAUGAUUAGUUGACAAUAAAUAUAUAGAAAGAGCCGCACAUGAGGCACGGCUAGCAAAAAGCCCAAAGGUAUAUCAGAAA